AUGGACUCCCAUCACGCAGAUCAAACGGCGCAGUGGCAGGGUUGGGACGCAUGCCGCCUUCUUAGGGCCGAAACGCAUAAAGAAAACCUUCCGAACAAUGGUUCUCUGAAAAUCAUUGUCCUUGAAAAUGCAGUGGAUGAAAGGGCCCUGCAAGCCGCCUUUGAAGAAGAGGACACCUCUCCAGCUGCCUUACUCAAGCUCGCCUGGUGCAUGGUUGUGGGAGCAUACGCCGGCACAGAGGAUGUUUGCACUGCCGUCUACAUGAAGAACUCUGAAAAGCUGUUGCGAUGCCGAUUGGAUCCGAAAAGGAGCGCUGCGAACAUACUCUCGUCUUUGGAAGAAGCUUCCUUGUCAAACAGCGACCCGGAUACCGUCAAAGGCGACGUGCAACAACCGACUGAAUUAUUCGAUAGUGCGUUGUCUAUCAUACGAACGGAGCCAUCUGCAACCUGUGGCACCAUUGCACGUCGAAAGAGAGAAUUACUCGAGGCGCAAGUCGAUGCGACCGAAAGAACUAUUUCGAUUUUCUAUCCGGCAGACAUUGUCAGCGAACAAUGGGCACGACGGGUCGGAUUGCUAUUCGCUAGAUGCAUUGAGAAACUGGCGGCUCGCACCGACGAUCGCCUCUGCGACCUAGAUAUACUGCCAACCGCCGAUUUCGAGCAAAUACAACUAUGGAACGACAAGGUAUUCGCGAACUACGACACCUGUAUUCAUCAAGUGAUUCAUCAAACAGCGCUGAAGCAUCCCGACAGACCCGCUGUAUGCAGUUGGGAUGGCGACUUUACAUACCGCGAGCUCGACUCAAUUUCCUCCCGGGUCGCGUCCAAGCUACACGAGCAAGGUGUUGAAACAGGUGCAAAUGUGGCAUUCUUCUUCAGCAAGUCCAAGUGGGCAGUGGUGUCAAUGCUGGCAAUUCUGAAAUCUGGCGCGGCAGCGGUGGCUCUGAGCAAAGACUAUCCGCACGCAAGAAUGCAAGCCAUUCUCGAGUUUACCGGAGCCGCAGUCCUCCUUGUUGGAUUUGAUUUGGAGCGCAAACUGGACGUGGAGGACAGAAAUUUCGUCAAGUUGGUUGUGGACGAAAAGAACUUCCCCAGCGUGCCAAAAGGCCCAGACACAGAACAUUCGACUCUCUUUACUUCGACUUCAGUACGAUCUACUGAUGCGGCACAUAUCCAAUUUACUUCUGGGAGUACCGGCCAGCCGAAGGGCAUCGUCAUUGAGCAUGCGUCAUAUCUCGCAGUUCGUUGCCAUGAAGUUUUUGGCAUUACCAAGGAGUCUCGCGUUCUACAAUUUGCCAGCUACACCUUUGACGCCAUCCUCGACGAAGUAUACUCAUCGCUAGUAGCCGGCGCAUGCAUCUGUAUACCAUCCGAAGAGAACCGCUUCAACGAUCUCGCCAGUUGUAUUACGGAUAUGAAGGUGACAUGGGUGGGUAUCACUCCAACACUUGCACGAAUCAUCAAACCAGAAGAUGUGCCUAGCGUCAAGACACUCUGUACCUGGGGCGAAACGGCGACAACCGAUAUCAUUACGGAAUGGGCUGAUGCGGUGGAUUUACGCAACAUCUACGGCCCGUCGGAGACUUCUGGGUCGACGACAGUGUAUUCGUGGUCAAAUGGUAUCAGGGAUCCGACCAAUCUGGGCAGGGCUAUACCAGAGACAAUAGCUUGGAUCGUUCGGACUGACAACCGCGCACUUCUUGCGCCCAUCGGUGCCAUUGGCGAAUUAGUUCUUCAGGGACCAACAGUCGCCCGAGGGUAUCUGAAUGAUGAGGCUCGCACAGCGGCGUCAUUUGUGAACACGCUUCCUUGGUUACCUGCUAGCACUCAAAAACAGCGCGCCUACUAUACCGGCGAUCUCGUGCGCUACAGAGACAAUGGAGAGCUGCAAUUCUGUGGACGGCGCGACACCCAGGUCAAAAUCAGGGGAAACCGGGUUGAAUUGGGGGAAAUUGAGUACCGCAUCAAUCGCAGUGAUGCUUCAGGGGAAACCGUUUCGGUCGUGGAGGUAAUUUGCCCACGCUAUCGCCCGACGCAUGAGCAUCUUGUGGCAUUUAUAAGCGACACAUCAAGAAACAUCUCUGCCACAUCGCCAUUGAAGCCAAUUGAUGAGAUAACCAAGGCUAGGCAUGUCGAAAUUGUGAAGGCGCUAUCAAAAUAUCUACCGGAACAUUUUAUCCCGUCUGCCUUUCUGCCUGUCAGCUGCAUCCCAGCUGUUGCGUCAGGCAAGGCAGACCGGAAGCUCCUCAGGGCAAUGGCCGAAGCUCUCUCGGAAUCGCAACUCCAAAGUUAUCUGCUGACUGCGGCACCCAAAAGCGAAGAAUCCUCGAACGUGAAGAGUCGAGACAGAAAUGCCAUGGUUGAUCUAUGGGCCGAAAUUUUGGGGUUGACUGCGCACGAUGUUACUCCGGAGUCCAACUUCUUUUGGCUGGGUGGAAACUCGAUUCUUGCUAUGAAGCUGGCUAUUGCCGCCCGCAGACGUGGACUGGAGGUGACGGUUGCGCAGAUACUCAAUAACCCCGGUCUCGACCAGCUCGUCUCGGUGAUUUCACAAAAACAUCAAACCCAGCCACAGGCAGCAAAAAAACCAGACUACAAGCCACUAUCGUCGUUGUCUAGUGUUUUUGCCACUGACUUUCUAGAAAGAGUCGCAGCUCCGAUGCUAGGUGUACCUGCAUCGCAGAUUGAAGACUUAGCUUUGGCGACGGACUACCAAAUCGAAAACCUGGCAUGGUCAUCUCUUCAGACUCGCGGCGGAACAAACUACCACACUUUCGACUUUGCCUCUGCUGUGGACAGCGAGCAGCUCCAAAAGGCUAUCAGGGCUCUUGUUUCAUAUCAUGCCAUACUACGGACAGUUUAUUUUGUCUAUCGCCGACGUGUUUACCAAGCCUCAUUGAAGCAAUUGCCCUUUGAAAUUGUUCACUGCUUCGGCGUCGAUAAUCCUGCCAUUGCAACUACAAGUCUAAUGCAAACAGAGUCUAAGCAGUCUCUGGAUAUUACUAAAGCCCUGAUAAAGUUUUGGCUGCUCUAUGGUUCGGAAAACAGAGUGAAGCGUCUUAUAUUCCGAGCUUCACACCUGCAGUACGAUGGAGUCACAAUUGGCCGUUGGUGGAAAGAGUUUGGGCUGCUUUUUAACGAUUCGUCACUUGCACCCACGCCGUCCUAUUUCAAUUACAUUAGUUUCGCUGCCAAUCAUGACGCUCCUGCGGCGAAAGCUUUCUGGCGCAAACUGCUCUCUGGUUCUUCCAUGACAAAUGUUUUUCAACACCACGGCAUUCCAUAUGAGCAUGUGUUGGAUGGAGAGGUUACGAGAACCAUCGAGACAAAGUUUCUUCAACCACACGCAGAAAUCACAAUCGGUACCGCAAUCAAAACCGCCUGGUCGCUUGUAUUAGCAGAGAUGGCAGGCAGCCGCGAUGUGGUUUUUGGGUCUGUGAUAGGCGGCCGCAAUGCCCCGUUCCCGGAUGUAGAGCAUGUCGCCGGAGCAUGCAUCGAUAAUAUCCCAGUGCGCGUUCGCCUUGAAACUGAUAUGACUCGGCUGGAGCUCCUGAAAGCAGUUCAGACACAGUACUUUCAGGCAAUUCGUUUCGAGAAUUUUCGACUAAAACGUAUUGUUGAGGAAUGCACCGAAUGGCGGCCUUGGGAACGACUGGGCACGCUCGUUGAGUACGAGAAUCUGGGAGAAGACGAGGAAUUCUUCCAUAUCGGUGGUGGCAAUACCUACGCAGCUAACGAGAUUCGACCUCCCGCCGAUCGACACGAUACUACAAUAUUCAGUAUGCCGUUGGGUGAAAAGGAAACUUUCAUUGCUCUGGACUUUUCAAAAUCUAUGCUCUCGAAAGCGACAGCACAGAGAAUACUUGACCGAAUGGUCGGACAUGCCACACUCUUCCACGAAGAUGUCAACGCAAAGGUGUCGCUGGCAGAAGCAGGCGAACUGGGACUUCCAAAGAUACCUAUAGACGUGCCACUCGAGUCGUCACAUAAAGAAGAUGCAGCAAGCAACAACGAGACUGGAGACUUAGAGCUGCAACACGACGAGAUACGCAGCCUGGUGCAGACAGCGUGGGUCGCUGAACUGGGCUGUGCUCACUCAGCUCUUGAGAAUGCAUGGGCAAAGAAUGUUCCAUUUUACGACGUUUGGGGCAAUCUCAUUGCCUCGUACGCGCUUGUAAAGCACUUUCAGCGUCAUGGGCUCCCAGUAAGCAUGGAAGACGUCCUACAGCAUGCAGAUAUGAAGUCGCAAGUCCAUCUCCUGCUGCGUUUGAAGAAGCGGCCCCAAGAGUAG